AUGGCUUUCCUCGAGGAUCCGCGUCUGCGUCAGCGCUGGAACCAGAUCACACACGAUGCAGAGGCCGUCACGGAGAAUGCCGCCGCCGGCAUUUGGACCUUCCAGCACCACUACAUCAACCCAUGUCUGGGGUCAAUACGAGGGGCCAUUGAGCAAUGCACAACCGUGUGUCUGGGAGACCCCGAGGAGCGCAUCCGGCGGCAACGAGAGCGCGCUCGCGAGCGGGCAGAAUACAGUUUUAAUUUUUACGAUGACUGGGACCGCGAAGAGGAGAGCGGCGGCCUGUUGGGCAACUGGGGAGGGGAAGACUGGGAUCGUCUCUUGGCGGGCUCUGGAAGCCAGAGGAGGCCCGAGACGGUUGACCAGCCCCGGCGAAAGAGGGGUAUGAGCUACGGCACACGAGGAGCCAGGAGGAAAAACAGCGAGCAGGAUCCCACCAUUAUUCCCAGCACCCAGCCCAUUGGGUUCUUGAGCAAGCUCCCUUGGAAAAUGGGCGGCACCCUGAGAUACAAACCUAGUGCGGCAGAUCUACAGGAACACCCUGGUGCCAGAAAACAUGAGUAUACCGAAUCCCAGCCGCUGCUGGGGGCGGAAGAUGAUUCGGACCAUGAGGGGCUAUUACAGCCAUCUCGAUCAAGGAAGCGGAGCGGCACGACGGGAUCGGGUGGGACAUCGGAUUCCUACCGUUCCCGCGGUGAUUUGUUUCCAAGUGACGGCGAAGGAGAUGAAGACGCAGUAGCGCUCGAUGGCGAGGUGACCUAUGACAUGAUUAGGAAAGAUGAUAGGAGCAGCGGCAGGAGUGGAAGGACACCGAGUAGCAAAGGCAAGCGACCGGCACAUACCGUCUCCAGAACGGUGUCGAGGACAACGCUUGGCUCGGUUGCGUCAAGAGACUCGCUGGGUCUUGCAAUUUUCGGCCAGGUGUCUCAGGAUCCCACACAAGAUGCUCAAUUCUUACCGUCACUCAAGGACUUGGAGUUGGAAGAAGAGCGCCUGGGAAGAGAAGAGGAUGAAGAACUGGCAAAGAAGAAAGAGGCUGCAGCUCAGCUGGCGCUGGAGAGAGGCUUGCAAACGGAAGCAGAGCCGAAGCCAGCAGAUGUGAUGGCUGAUGAAGAAUAUCAGGCUGAAGAGCCGCACGAGAUUCACUUGGAUGACGAUGAGGACAGUGAUGAAGAGGCACAUCACGAUUCCGGGUUAUCCGGACGUGAUCUAGAGAUUCGGGUAAAGGAUAAGGCAUCGCCGCCUGUUCGGCAGAGCGUCUUUGUACCUGCGCGGCUGCCGCAUUUUGGUUAA